AUGAAAUUUUCUACGUUCGUCACAGCCGGCGCUCUUGCAGCUGCCGCCGCCGCUACAACCCCUAAGGGCUUAGAUGAUUUCUCGUGGGACGUUGAGGGAUACGCUAAGGAUAACCCGGUUGGAGGGAAGGUUGUUGGAGGAAAGGGCGGUCCUACUGUGACUGUUACGGAUUACCCUUCUCUGGCCACGGCACUUGCUGGCUCUGAACCGCGAGUCGUCAAAGUUAUUGGAGCUAUCAAGCCAGAGGCGCGUGUCAUUGUCGGCUCGAACAAGUCUCUAAUUGGUUGCAAGAACUCUGGUAGUAUUUAUGAUAAAGGAGUAACUGUCGCCAAUGCUACCAAUGUAAUCAUCCAGAAUUUGAAGAUAAAUGAUGUCGUCGGAAACGAUGCUAUUACUAUUAGCAACUCCACUCGUGUGUGGAUUGAUCAUAACGAACUCACAUCUGAUAACAACCAUGGCCCUGAUCACUACGAUGGCUUAAUCGAUAUUAUCAGAGGAUCGGACUAUGUCACUGUCUCGUGGAAUUAUCUUCAUGAUCAUUGGAAAACAUCUUUAGUCGGAAACGAGCCCACUUUCACCCAUGAACUAGGCAAAUAUCACGUUACAUACCAUCACAAUUUCUGGCAGCGUCUCGGAACCCGUGGCCCUGCCGGCCGUUUCGGUUUCCAUCAUAUCUACAACAACUACUACGAGGAUUUCUACUAUCAGGCCAUCCACUCUCGAUCUGACAACCAGGCUCUUAUUGAAGGCAAUGUCUUUAGAGGGGAUACCGGUGAGGCAGUCAGCACUCACGGCCUUGUUGUUCCAGAAGACUCUCCAAACUUUUGCGUCUGCGGUGAUGACGAGAAGGAUGGCUUUGCAAAUUUGGGAUAUAGAAAUGACUGGGGCAGCGCUACUGUUAACAUCACCAAAGUCGGAACCUUCACCAAGGCUCCGUAUAGGUACAAGUUGACCCCGUUGAAGUUUGUGGCGGAAUUGGUCAAACUUGGUGCGGGUAUCGGCAAGGUCGAUAUCGAUGUUAUUGAGUAA